AGAAGAAUGGCAUGGACGACCCCCUUCGUUUGGCCGUUUUCCGAGAAGUUGGAGGAGCUGUGCUCACAUGUAGAACUGGCCGCGGAUCCGUGGAGCGACUCGUUGAUCUGACACAUCCGGCAGCUGAUGACGAGUGGUCCAAGAUGUUUGACCUCAUACAAGUUAUCGAAAGCUUCAAGACUACAGGCGUACUGUGGCUAGAGGCAUUCACGUGCUUGAAGAAUGACAGCAACGUCACCGACUGUCCAGCGCAUGCACGAAGAUUCCCUGGUGACGUAUGUGGCAUGGCCCAACUGCACCGGUCUCCGUACUCUGACGUGCGGAACGCGUACGGCUACCUCAUGGCGCGAAUGGCCCAUCGGUUUGUCCACUGUUUUGCGACUUACGCGUGCACAUUGUAGUACUGAAACUGGAUAGUACUUACACAUGUCCAUGUGGCUUGUGCUGGCCACGUCUUCCACGGCAUGUGUGUGCUGUUCUCUUGUUCUUGUGUGAUGAGUUACUUUUGGGAACAUGUUUAGGACAUUAAUAACAACAAAAUGUUACGCCGGAGCUAACUGGAAGACUCCGGCACUUGGAACAAAGGAAGCGUCGUGAUAAAGCUUGAACUUCCUUUACGAAUGAACAAGAGCACUACACAAGAGACGGAACCUAAACACCACUGUUAUAUCUAAAACUUGCAUGGCGUCUCAGUCAUUAGU